CUUAGCCUGUGUCCACGCACUGUAUUCGGUGGUACAACAAGCAGUGGCUUAGGUUACAAAUGCUCACGGCCGUCGUGAGAUUAGAGGGCCCUGUCAAGUGAGAUAGGCUAUUGAAUAUGCUUAUAACAAUUAGCAAUCCGAGAUAACCCUCGAGUGUUCCGGGUAUGAUUUAUGAUGAAAAUGGGGGACACUGUAAUAAACGGCAUGAAGAUGUGGACCUCUGAGGAUGGGAGCUCUGCGAAGUCUGGCAAGAGGCUGGAUGGCCCGCGGUUGUUUGCGUGGGGAUGCGGCGAGUUUGGACAGCAUGGACAUGGUCAGGGAGCAAACGUGGAGUCACACCAAGGGUGGCUUCCCCAGUUCAGCACGGAGCAUUUGGGAGCCGUGCAGCUGAUAGCGUGCGGUGCCACACACACCCUCGUGGUCACAGAAACAAACAGGAUUUUCAGCUGGGGGCAUGGUCACAGUGGACAGCUGGGCUGCGGUGAUAGCAGCAUACGCGGUGAGCCUGUGGAGGUGCAGCUGGUGACCUCGGGCUGCCGCGGAGACGUGGAGGUGGCCGGGGUCGCGUGCGGGAGUCGCCACUCCUUAGUGUGGACGCGGUCGGGCCGCUGUUUCAGCUUCGGAAACAACUUCUACGCGCAGCUGGGCUAUGAUUUUCAGAAGAGGGAUUACAAGGCCAAUCAGUGUGUGCCAUAUCCGCUCAACAUGAGCCUGAUGGGCCGCAGGGUGGAGUGGGUCUCAUGCGGUGAGCGCCACUCCCUCUUCCUCUUUGAAGAUCGCAGGGUCGCCGCGUGUGGUGGCAACACUUUUGGACAGCUGGGAGUGGGAGGCAGAGACGAGGCGGUGGUGGCACGUGUUAUUGAGGAUCUGGAGGAGGUCAUCCGGGUGGCUUGUGGAACCAACCACAGCCUGGCAGUCGCACCGAGUGGAAGGCUGUACGCUUGGGGGUAUGGACGCGCAUGCGGCUGCUUGACUCAGGACCUGCUAAACCCCGAGACCAUGAUGAUGGAGCGCUGUGGCAAAGUGAUGGCUGUGGCAGGAGGGGGCGCCCACAGUCUGGCCAUGACAGACAAUGGAAAUGUAUACUCCUGGGGCUCAGGUCAAGAGGGACAGCUGGGCCAUGGCCAGCGGGUGCCGUUCUCAGUUGUGCCGCGGCGCCUGGCGUGCCCUCCCCUGGAUGGCCGGACCGUGCAAAUCACAGCUGGGGAUGCCUACAGCGCUGCUGUAACUGCCAAAGGCGAGCUGUACAUGUGGGGAAGGAGCAGCCACGUGAUGGGCGCUGGGAGCCCAGCGGAGCGGCGAGAGUGGGUGGCACGUCAAGUCGACCUGGCGGGGAGGCCCGUGAGAGCGGUGAGCUGUGGCUCCUGGCACGCAGUGGCACUGACGGCGGAGGGUCCUUCUGAGUGGCUUAAUUCCAAGGUGGUUGAAUAUGAACCAAAACAAACGCAGGUGAAGCAACGAGAGGGUUUGCCUCUCACUCACAGCCUGAUGCUCAAAGAGCCUGAAAAGAGGACAUUAAGAAAUUACUCUUCAGAUUUUGGCUUUUUCAUAGAGAAUGACGAGACAUCUAAAGACAGUUCAAUUAAUUCUCUUAAAACUGGCAUUAAUUUGGAUUGUACAGAUAAAACUGAAACAGAAGAGAAAAUUAAUUCGACUAAAACAUUUCAAAUUCAAGCAGACACCUCAGUGCUGUCGCAGGAUUCGCGUAAGCACGUGAACCAUUCAAACGCCGUGAUCACUGACAACGAAACUGCAUUGACGGGCCAACCGUCAACCGGAGAGAAAGUUGGAGGUAGGACAUAUGCAGGGUUGGCCGGCGAAAGAUUACCUCAGCAGCUGCUUGCAACCACAAGGACCCUCAAGGGCAACGAGACACCACCAACCGCCAGAUCCAAGAGUGCAACUGCAGGUGUCCGCCGUGGACUUUCAAAAAAGGCUUCAGACAUGCAGCCACCCUUGGCAAAGGAGAGGCUGCCGUGGAAGGGGACGCAUUCCCGGGUGAACAGAGACUCCCACCUCCAGCCGCUCAAACAACCUCCAACGGCUCGUCCAUUCUCUGCCUGGGAGUCAGGAGAGAAGACCAAGCGCCUUCCAAUCACUCGGCGCCCAAUCUACUCAUCCGGGAGCUCCUGGAGGGAUGUGGCGACGGCUUCGGAUCCAGUUCUCUCUGCCCAGAGUCCUGCACAGGACAACCCAAAGUGCACUGAUAAUGCAUAAGUAAGCAGGCAUCGUGCAUUUUCUGAAUUGUACUCGGCCAGUGUGGUGGAUAUGCACAACUCAGAAUUGUCGUAAUGGGCUGGGUGAAGUGAGAUGUGAACUUACUGUAGUUGUCUACAAUGGAGCAUGGCACACCUACAUGAGUCGCAGAUGUUAUUUAUAAACGUUUUACAUGAUGCACAUGACUGGAAUAGCAUCUGUAAUCUAUGUAAUUUAUACAAUAUGCUUAUUUUCCUCUGACAAAAAAAUAGGCUAUGUGUAUUUAGCCUACUUUUUACAACAGUUUGUAUGGGUGGUGUGUUACACUUGUAAGCAUUACAAAUGUAUUUUUUGUUCUAUCCCUUUAUAAUCAUAAAAGUAUAUUAAUUGCCUCAUGCUAUAUAUUUUUUCCGUGCAAAACUAAUCAUGCAAUUUCCUUUUUUUUCGUUGAAUAUAUUACGCUGAUAAUUGAAUAUAAUGGGAAUCCAUUGUGUUCAAUUAUUUUUUGUUUGAAUUUGGUCCAGUUAAUAAUAUUCAUAUGCUUUAAUAAGAUUUGUAACUCAGAGCUGCUAAUAUUAUAUUAAAGAGGAUUUCCAUUUUCAUUAAAUGUUGUAAAUUUAACAGCCUGUGUUAACAUGUUUUUUAUGUAAUGCUCGAUUUUGCAUUACUUUUAAUGGAAUAAAAGAUAAAAUGUUACAGCUAACUUGCUGUUAAACUUAAUAGAAAUGUGAUCCUUAUCAAUUAUGCAAAUAAUACAUGUGGCUUUUUGUAGGUGGUGUAAAUGGUAAUUAAACAAUUUAAUUUACAGCACCCUUUAAAAUGUUUGUGUUUUCACGUAUGAUUAACAUAUAAACAUUGCAGUUUUGUAAAGACAAUCUCUAUUCUGAAUAAUUAUCAACAAACGACUCGAUUGAAUUAUUAAAGGAUCAGAGAGCU